CUCAGCCUUGGGAGGAACUAUCGUUACAGACCUCAUGUGCGGACAAAGGCAGGCAACCGAUGAGCUGCAGGAGCUUGGGGGUUUAUAUCAUAUUCACGCUUCCCUUAAAAUACACAGACGGGGGUAAAUGGCAAAUUCUUGGUGGAAAAAAGCUGUUGUUACACACGUCCUCGUCGCUCUGUUUGGAAUGGGUUCCUGGAUUUCUGUGAACUCACUAUGGGUUGAGCUGCCAGUAGUGGUCACUGUUCUGCCUGAAGGUUGGAAUCUGCCUGCCUAUCUCUCUGUUUUAAUCGCCUUUGGAAAUCUCGGUCCAGUGGCUGUGACUAUAACGCAUCAUUUUGCUCCAGGAAGCCUGAACGAACAAUUACUCAUCCAUGUGAUCCAAGGGCUUGCUGUAGUGGCAUCUGUUUUCUUAGCCAUCUUCUGGUCUCAGGUGGUCAGUGUGGCUGGGGAGAUGUACUCAGUGCCUUACCUUUUAUUGGCAUUUGUACUGGCCCUUGUUUGCUGCACCUCCAAUGUCACCUUCCUGCCUUUCAUGUAUCAGUUCCCUCCAGAGUAUAUCCGCACCUUUUUUGUGGGCCAGGGUCUCAGUGCUUUCUUUCCCUGUGUGGUGGCAUUGGGGCAGGGUGUAGGAAAGCUGGAGUGUCUGAAUAGCACCACAGAAAAUGAGACAAUGGAGCCACACUACCUCAAGGAAAACUUUCCUGCCCAGAACUUCUUCUGGUUCCUCUUUGCUAUGCUGGCAAUCUCAGGGAUCUCCUUCCUGGCCUUAACGUUCCACAUACCUCCUAAGCCAGCUGCGCCAGAUGCUACAGAUGUAGACUCCACUCCAGAGGAGAAGGAAGAGAGGAACCCACUGCAGAAUGGGGGGGCACCAGUGUCUGAAGAGCAGGUGGAGGUGGUGAAGCCCCCCCCUGCAGAAACCUUUUGGACUUCACGCAACAUAUACCUGCUUGUGUUACUGGGCGUCUCAAAUGCUCUCACCAAUGGAGUUCUGCCUUCAGUGCAGAGCUUUUCCUGUUUACCUUAUGGCAGUAUGACCUUUCAUCUCUCAGUUGUCCUUGGCAAUAUUUCCAACCCUCUUGCCUGCUUUGUAGCCAUGUUCAUUCUCUGCAGAUCUAGUAUGGGGCUAGGGGCGAUGGCUGUAGCAGGGGCAGCCUUUGCAGCAUACCUCUUGGCUCUUGCUGCCCUAAGCCCCUGCCCUCCACUCCUGGGGACUAUUGGUGGAGUAGCCUUGGUGGUGAUCUCAUGGAUCGUCUUUGUUGGCCUGUUCUCUUACCUGAAAGUUGUGAUUGGAUCCCUCCUGCACGAAGCAGGUCACACUGCCCUGCUGUGGUGUGGGGUCUUCAUUCAGGCGGGUUCACUCGUUGGUGCUCUGUCCAUGUUCCCUUUGGUCAGCAUCUAUCACAUCUUCCAUAGAGCACAGGAGUGUGUGAACAACUGCAGUGACUAGACCAUGGUGAUUUUUACUCAGAUUCAAGUGAAGUUCAUCUGAUUGGAAGGAACACUGUUGGAGUCCAUACACAGUAGCUGCAUAAAUUGUGCCAUCAUGAAGAAAUAUAUUAGAUCUUCUUCAAGGUCUUUUGCCACUAAGGAUUGUAUUGUUGAAGAUGAGCAAGAUGAAGCCACCUUUUUUGUUUGUAAUGUCUUGUUCUCACAGGUCACAGUGCAUCUGACGGACUCAGGUGCAAGUGGACUGUGCUGCUUCAGUGCAGGGCAGUUCAAAAUGGUGGAUUUCAACAACUGUACAUAUCUCCAGAUCGCUUUCAGUGCCCUGCAAGUGUAGCUGACCCUUAUUCCACCCCAACAUAGCAGGUGACACAGGGAGAUAGAGUAGUUGUAAAUGUUGAGGAUUUUUUCCUGCUCGGAUACAGCCAACCUUGAGGGAGAUACCUUGAAAAUCAAGGAAAAAUGGAAACUGACAAGGACAAGCUACAUCAUUACUAUCAGUGUUUUGAUGGAUGUGUUUAUUUAUAACUUCAUAUUUAAAUUAUAAUUAAUUCAACAGUGAUUAAAUCAGACAUAAUUAGCAUUCAUGUGUAGUUAAACAAUAUGUAUGUUUGAAACAUGUAUCUCUGUCAUAUGAGGGAAUCAAAGGUUUAAUGUAACUCUCUACUUGUAUCAUCACUGUAAAAGAUAUUUCGCCGAUCAUGGGAAUGCCCAUUACCCUGUGCUGCACGCAGGUACACUCUGUGUCUACAGGCCCAAAAGGAGUGUACUAGAGAAUACCUGUUUAAUAGAUAUAUCACAGAUGUAUCAUCAUAGAUGUAAGAGAUGUGCAACUCUGCAACAUUAAAAAAGCAGUUUUUCCAAUAUUCCUAUACCUUUAUCACGUUUUGUGAUGUUUCUUGUGAUGUUUCUUGUAGCAAUGCAUUGAAGACCUUCUUUAUGAAAACAUCUGGUUCAUAAUUCCAAAACGCAUCUAUAAAGAUGCAGGCCUUGGCCCAUGGAAAAAGGUCCACUAACUCAAUGGUAGUGUUAGGCAAGUGUUAAUGAUUCUCUAUCCUAUUACAUUACAUAAUUGUCAUUUAGCAGACAUAAGAUAGGUAUUUAGUAGUAUUUAGUACCCUGCCCAAGGGAACUGCAGCAGUGCCCGAAUGGAGAAUCAAACCAGCAACCUUUUGGUUACAAGACUUGCUCCUUACCACUACACUACACUCCUAUAUCAUCAUGUCCAGUAUUACCCCUUCUAGGCUUUAUUUGUACAUAGAGCCUUUCCAAGUAACUGCUCCCAUUUGACAUUCCCUGAAAUACUUGAAUUUUCAAG